AUGCAGAUCUUCGUGAAAACCCUAACGGGGAAGACGAUAACCCUCGAGGUUGAGUCUUCCGACACCAUCGACAACGUCAAGACCAAGAUCCAAGACAAGGAGGGGAUUCCUCCAGAUCAGCAGCGUCUCAUCUUCGCCGGGAAGCAGUUGGAAGACGGCCGCACUCUCGCCGACUACAACAUCCAGAAGGAGUCAACUCUCCACCUCGUCCUCCGUCUCCGUGGUGGCGCGAAGAAGCGUAAGAAGAAGACCUAUACCAAGCCGAAGAAGAUCAAGCAUAAGCACAGGAAGGUGAAGCUUGCGGUUCUCCAGUUUUACAAGGUGGAUGAUUCUGGAAAGGUGCAGAGGCUGAGGAAGGAGUGUCCUAAUGCUGAGUGUGGUGCCGGGACUUUCAUGGCGAAUCAUUUCGAUCGGCAUUAUUGUGGUAAGUGCGGGCUUACCUAUGUUUACCAGAAGGCUGAAGCAUGA